UAUAUGCGUAGUUAUCGCGAAGGUGGCGCUUCAAGUCAAAAUGGCGAGUUUCAUUCCGGUCGAUGUAAAUUGCUCCGCUUGGAUCCCUUUUGCUAUUUUGAUAAUUGUAACAUUGUUAUUUUCUGGUGGUUACAUUCGAUAUUUUCGGUGCAAAUAUGACAGUGAAAGGAGUUCAACAGUCACAGCUGUAUUGGGAUUGGCUAUUGUUGUUCUUACUGCGUUACUUAUUCCAGUUGACAUUUUUUAUGUUUCAUUUAUGAAAACUUCAAAUGGAACAUUUAAGGAUUGGGCUAGCAAUGCUACUGUACGAGAUGAAGCUGAAAAUGCAGUUCUUUAUGCCUAUUAUACUAUGUACAGUCUAGUUUUGUGUUUUGCAUUUUUCAUUCUGCCAUUUAUCUAUUUUUAUUAUGAAGAAAAAGAUGAUGAUGGAAAUAAUAUUGCUUCUAGAAUAUGUGCAGCACUGAAGUAUACUCUUGUAUUUGUAUUUGUGGCAGUAGUAUUGAUUCUUAUAGGCUUAUUUGCACCAUUAAAGGAUGAACCUCCAAGAAAUAGCACUGAAUGGGAAAAGUUAAAAUUUUUGUUUACUGAAAUUGGAAUUUCCAGAGGUGAACAAUCGAUUUCAUUUAUCUUGAAUAUUCUUACUUCAAUAGGGACAGUUACAUUAAUUAUAUAUACGGGAAUUGGUUUGCCAACUUGGCCUAUUGAUAUGAUUAAAGGAUCAAGAAAUGUCAUAAAAGAGCAUGAAGCUGUCAUAGAAGAAAGAAGGAAUACUGAAAAUGAAAUAGCUUUCUUAAGGAAAAAGAGAUCUCAGAAGAAGUUGUCUUCAAGAGAAUCUUCAACACUGUCAGAAUUAGAAGAAACUCAGCACUUAAUUGAGCGCCAGGAAAGACAUUUAGAUGAAGAAAGACAUAGUUGGACUUAUAAAUUCAGAUUUCUUAUUCGACCUCUUCAAAUUGUUUUUGGGAUAUUAGGAGCAUCUCUUGGAUUUUUGAUUUGGCUUUCUUUACUACUAACAAACAUUGAUAAACUUAUACAUUCGAUGGGAUUUAAAAUUGGAUAUAUGCUGUCUGAACCAUCUAUACCUAACCCUGUGGAUUUUGUCCUUGUACAAAGCCAGAAGGUUUUUCCAAUUGACUACAUAAUUUUUGCUGCUAUAACUUUAUUUUUGAUUAUUAUAACUAUAUCUGGCAUUCAAAAGUUAGGAUUAUGGUUCUUCUGUGUGAAGAUGUACACAAUUAGAGUGAAACGAACACGUCCACAAGGUUUAUUGAUGCUUUGUCUUACAUUAAUGUACACUGUACUUGGCAUAAAUGUAUUGCUCUUCAAUAUCAGUCCACAAUAUAUGUUGUAUGGUAGUCAACACUAUGUGGUAUGUGUGUAUAUAUAUAUAUAUAUAAACUUGAAUUGCACAUUAAAAUUCCCGAAAACAAGUCUUAAAAUUAAUUUCCAUAUUAAAAUAACAGAAGUUUUUUUAUUUUUGAUGUACAUUGUAUUAUUCAAGAUUUUAUUACAAAUGUUAUAUUCAUUUUCAGAUGAGUGUGUAAUGACUAGAGUGAGUUACUUGCUGUUUGAAUUUAUCUAUAGAGCUUGGUUCUUUGGAGUUAUCUAUUAUUGGUCAAGUUGGGCAUUUUUAUUGAUGUCACUGAUUGGAUUCUUUGUUGCCAUCAUCCAAAGGAGAAAAUCGUCCAUAGCAGGACUUGUAGAUCGAGAUGAUUUCGAAGAAAGUGACGACGAAUUAAUCAGAGGUUAAUUUAUUAAAGCUUGAAAAACAAACUACAUGUAUAAUAUAUAAGCAUUUAUUAUAUUUUUUUUCUCUAAUACUUAAAUCCCUAAACUUUGUAAAUAGAUGAAAAAAUUAAUCCAUUAAGAUCUCUUAUUGCUGUUACAAAAAUAGCUUAUUUAUAUUUUAUUUUUUAGCAAAUAAUGUACAGUACUUUGAAAAAUAAAAUUUAUAAACAUAUUUUA